AUCCACUGCAGUCACUGGCGGCUUGAACCUUGUAAUCGCAGACCGGGAUGGCGAGAGUGAUUGAUGUAUCUUCAAAGCUGGGAGAGUACAUGCUCAAAGGAUGGGUUCUGACAGACCGACCCUGUCCCAGAGGAUGUAAUGUACCCCUUAUGAGAUCUCCUAGUGGAACAACUCCGGUCGUUCAAUUCUGCGCUAACUGCGACGGAGGUCCCUCCAGUGUGUCGUCGAGGUCUACACGACCAUAUGUCGAUCGUACCUCCCCUUCUUCCCCAAGCAUUGCGCCGAGCACCCACUAUUCUCGGGCUUCCACUCCACCGACUGAAGUUUCGAGCGCCCUGAGCUCUCCGACUUUUGCUCCUCCUCUAGACACUGCCGAGUCGUUACGCAGGAGACAACAAUCAGACGCUGCAUCUGCUGAAAUUGGCAAGAGGCUAUUGAAGGGCUGGGCUAUGCUCGCGGACGAAUGUCCCAAUCCCGGAUGCUAUGGCAUACCUUUGGUGCGACCCCCGAAACCUGAUGGAGGGAAGGAUCCCAGGAAAGAAUGCGUUGCUUGCGGCACCGUGUACGUAGACGAGAGAGACGCCAGCGGGUGGGAGAGGCUUGUACCACUUGAAGCGUCGAGUGCGUCCCAUCAAGGGCCAUCGUCUAAUAGUACACCAUCGGGAGAGUCCUCCGGUGAACCGCUUAAGCCGCAAGAUAAAGGAAAGAGCGUCGCCCAUGACGAAAUACCUGAUGUCCCUCGGCUAUCCCUGCCGCCCAUCGAUGGCGAGAAUGCUCACUCGACGAUGCCUUCACCUGAGGUAAGACCUUAUGAAACCGCCGCAAAAGCAUCAACUGCCGCAGAUGGGUACUCAUCAUUGCAGGCUCCCGUUGGCGCCCUGGAGAAGGCUCUACUGGCGCUCUGCGAGAGAUUGGUACGGCUUUCCAGCCUGCCGGACAUGCUAGAUCCCGCCUCGAUCGCGCAGACGGCCGACGCUAUCAGCCGUGUUAUUCAGGCACUCACGCAGGUCAAACAGCUUCAGGCGGCAACGUCAGGGCUUCCUUCACACUCAUAGGGUUUGAGUCGAAUCCGUAUGAUGAUGAUCAUGGCUUCUGGUUUCCAGUCAAUGAUCAUUGAAUUGGCAUGAUCGCAUGACUGAACGUACUGAACAGUGCUGUCAGUAGUACAUAAUAAUAGGACGAGGCAGAGAGCUUGCGGC